AUGACAACCGAAUUCGAGGCCCGCCUCAAGAAGGCCGUCGACGAGCGCCUCAUUCCGAAUGCCGUCGUCCUCGCACGAGACAAGUCUGGAAAGAUCGACUACUCCUUCUCGUACGGGCCGACGACGCUCGAUCCCGAUGCCACCCCAGCCCAGAUCAGCCCGGACUCCAUGUUCAGCAUGUUCUCGAUGACGAAGCUCAUCACGUCCAUCUGCGCCCUGAAGCUCGUCGAGGAAGGGGUCGUCGGGCUCGACGAGGACGUCUCGAAGCACCUCGAGGCGCUGGCCGCGCAACCCGUCCUGACGGGCUUCGACGACGCCACCGGGCAGCCGACCUACAAGGACCGCACCCGGCCCAUCACCCUGCGCCGCCUGCUCACCCACUCGGCCGGCACCGGCUACAUCCUGAUGGACGACCGCCUGCGCCGCUGGGCCGAGGCUACCGGCCGGCCCGUGCCCGUCCCGCUGCGGCGCGGCGGCGGCAGCACCGUCGACACGCGCUUCAACUACCCGCUGCUCUUCGAGCCCGGCGAGAGCUGGGCCUACGGCAGCGGGCUCGACUGGGCCGGCCGCCUGGUCGAGAAGCUGUCGGGCGUCCCGCUCGACGACUUCGCGUACCAGAACGUGCUCGAGCCGGUCGGCGUCCCCAGGGGCGCCAUGACCUUCCACCCGCUCCGGUUCGCGUCCCGGUCCUCCCCGCCCGACGAAACGCUCGUCGGCACGGCCAGCCGGGACCCGGGCUCGGGCAAGGUGGUAGCGUUCCUGCCGACGGAGGAGCAGCACUACGGCGAGCAGCACGACGCGUUCGGCGGCGAGGGCCUGUUCGGCGGCGCCGGCCAGUACCUCAAGGUCCUGCACUCGAUCCUGGCCGACGACGGCAAGAUCCUCAAGCCCCAGACGGCCAAGUACCUCUUCGAACCCCUGCUGGAGCCCGCGGCCAGGGAGGCGCUGAACCUGGCGCUCCACGCGACCGACUGGGCCGUCGGCGUCAUCCCCAAGGGCGUCGACUACGACUGGAGCGCCGGCGGCCUGCUGUCGACCGGCGGCGACGGCCUCGGGCACAGGAACAAGGGGUUCCUCCAGUGGAGCGGCAUGCUGAACAUGUCAUGGUUUAUUGACCGCGAGGCGGGCGUCUGUGGCGUGUUUGGCACCCAGCUCCUUCCGGUGAAUGACGCCAAGGUCAAGGAGUUGACCAAGGAAUUUGAGGACGCCAUCUACUCGAGGCUUUGA